AUGGGAGAAUUUCAGGGGAUUUUGCCAAUUGAUGAGCAUGUAAUUUUCAUCGAUUUUGAUCGUGAUUUAGGCACGAAACCUGAUGCACGACUAAAACUAAUGAACUUAUAUAACGUAUUAAUUUAUGGGGAAGAAAAUAUUACCAAGUGCAUCAAAAAAACUAUUUCUUCAACCAUAAGUUCCAAAAUCCAACUCCUUUAUUCCGGUACUGGGAAAAAAAUAAAAGGAGUUGGAAAACUUAAUUUCAGUGAAAUAAACAUUUUUAAGUGUUUAAGAGAUGCCACGCAAGAAAAGUUUGGCGAUUCAGACCAAAUGAAAAAUUUUAUCACUAGAACAAGCGUUUUUCUUGCAAACGCUGGUGAUCGGGAUGGAAGGCGGAAAAUAAGAGCUGCUAAGUCUGCAAAUCAACAUAGCAAUAAUGAACAAAUAAACUAA